AUGGAGCUCCUCCACCUGCGCACCCAGGCAGCGCGGGCACCCAGGGACAGCCCCGCGGCCGGCAGGAGCCCCGGGCGGCCGCAGACUCCCCUGGCCCCAGAAGAGGACACCCGGGCCUGGCUGCCGCCCGGGGCCCCAAGAGAGGCGACCCCGGGCCGAGGGCGCUCUGCUGCCCCGACCGCGCUCCACGGGCGCCUGUCGCCGCUGCUGCCCUUCGGCCUGUGCGCGCCGGUGAGGCCGCUCGGGGAGCCGGGACGGCGGCGUCAGCGGCGUCUGCCAGGGCUUCCCCGCGUCUCCCUGCUGCGCACCGACUGGCCGCCCACGGUGCACACGCCGGCCUGCGAGCCCCUCAGCCUCGCGGCCACCUGGCUGCUGGGCGCCGGGGGCCUGCGGCUCACCGCCUCGCUGGGCUCCGGCCCCGACUGCCGGGGCGGCCGGGUCAAGUGCGGCAGCGUGUGGCAGCGUCUGAUCUGGGUCAUCACGCGAGGCCAGUGCCUCUGCCCCGGGGCCCAGGUGUUCGUCCUGGGCCUGGCCUCCCGCAUCGCCUCAGUGGGGUUUGGGCCCAAAGAAGCGUCCGCAGCUUGUGCCGCCGCCCUGCUGGGCAAUCAGCUUGGCACUGCAGUUGGCUUUUUGCUAACACCCGUUUUAGUGCCCAACACACACAAUGACACAAGCAUCCUGGCUUGUAAUGUCAGCACCGUGUGUUACGGAACAUCAGCAGUUGCCACACUUUUAUUUAUUUUGACAGUAAUUGCUUUCAAAGAAAAACCUCAGGAUCCACCAAGUCAGGUUCAAGCAGUUCUUCGAGACAGUUCCCCUGAAGAGUACUCCUGUAAGAAAUCAAUCAGAAACCUGUUUAAAAACACUCCUUUUGUCCUUCUGUUGACUAGUUAUGGUAUUAAGACUGGAUCAUUUUUUUCAUUCUCAACAUUAUUAAGCCAAAUAAUAUUGACAUAUUGGGGGGAAGAAGUGAACGCGGGAAGGGUUGGGCUACCCCUGGGUGGCUCUAUUCUUUGUGGCUUGUGGCUAGAUCGUACCAAAACAUACCAACAGACUACUCUGAUAGUUUCCAUUUUGUCAUUUAUGGGAAGGGUUAUGUUUACUUUAACAUUGGACCUCGCAUACAUCAUCACCGUGUUUGUGACUGGAGGGGUCCUUGUUUUCAUGACCGGUCACCUCCCUUUGGGUUUUGAAUCUGCCGUUGAGCUCACUUGCCCUGGAUCGGAAGGCGCUCCGUCUGCUCUUCUCAGUGCUGCUGCGCAGAUGUCUGGAAUCCUGUUCACACUGGCUCAAGGAAAGCCCACGUCAGACUACGGUCCCAGAGCGGGGGACAUUUUCCUCUGUGCCUGGAUGUUUAGAGACAUCAUUUUAACAGCAUUAAUCAAGCCUGAUCCGAGAAGACAUAACAUAAAUAUAGGAAUUACUAAUGUCGAUAUUAAAGCUGUGCCAGUUGACAGUCCCACAGAUCAAGAAUCAAAAGAUGUUAUGUUGUCCAAGCAGUCGGAAUCAGCAAUUUGA